CCUUCUAUGCCAAAGAGCUACCCCAUCGCUGCAAAUACACACUUCCCGAUCCCAUGAAAGCCACACCCCCAUUCCUGCACUGCAUCUUAUUGAGUUCUUAGAGCUGCAGAAAUGCCUAAUCUUUUGCAUAUACCCUUCCUUUUACCCUUGCUACUUUCCGUGGCCCUAAACCUUUUAUGCUUCACCACUGUCACCAGUGAGGAUCAGUUCGUCUACUCCGGCUUCUCCGGCAAUAACCUCACCCUCGACGGAACAGCCACGGUUACACCAGACGGUGUCCUUGAGCUGACCAAUCACACAGUACACCUUAAAGGCCAUGCGUUCUACCCAGCCCCAUGGCGAUUCCGCAAGUCCCCUGGUGAGAUGGUGCAGUCUUUCUCAGUUACCUUUGUGUUCGGUAUGGUCCCCAUCUACUCUGAUCAAUGUACCGAUGGCAUGACUUUCCUUAUCUCUCCGACCAAGGAUUUCUCUGGUGCACAGCACUCACAAUACUUGGGUCUCCUCAACAAAACAAGUGAUGGCAAAGCAAGCAACCACAUAUUUGCAGUCGAGCUUGAUAGUAGCCAAAAUACUGAGUUCAAUGACAUUGAUGACAACCACAUCGGCAUCAACAUCAACAGUCUCACCUCAUUUCAGUCCCGGUCAGCUGCCUUCUAUGAUGACAAGAAUGGUAAAUUCCAAAACUUGUCCCUUGUUAGUCGCAAAGAGAUGCAAGUUUGGGUGGACUAUAAUGGUGAUACCGCACAGAUCAACGUGACACUGGCUCCCCUCAGGGUAGACAAACCAUCCAAACCUCUACUGUCAGCUACGUACAACCUCUCAACAGUAUUGGAAGACCCAUCCUACAUUGGCUUCUCUGCAUCAACUGGUCCAAUCAAUUCCUUAUAUUGUGUGCUCGGCUGGAGCUUAGGCAUUAACAGCCCAGCUCCACUUAUUGAUAUUGCCAAGUUGCCAAAGCUACCUGAUGUUGGCCCAAAACCUCUGUCCAAGGUGCUUGAGAUCAUCCUACCAAUAGUCACAGCCACAUUCAUUAUCCUUCUUGGGACAACUGUUAUUCUAUUUGUGCGGAGGCGAAUGAAGUAUGCUGAGGUACAAGAAGAUUGGGAAGCCGAGUUCGGGCCACACCGCUUUCCCUACAAGGAUUUAUUCCAUGCUACAGAUGGAUUCAAGAAUAAGAAUCUACUUGGCUUAGGAGGAUUUGGGAAGGUGUAUAAAGGUGUGCUUCCCACCUCAAAAUUAGAGGUUGCGGUAAAGAGGGUGUCACAUGAAUCAAAGCAGGGAAUGAAGGAGUUUAUUGCCGAGAUUGUCAGUAUUGGUCGUCUCCGUCAUCGCAACCUGGUCCAGCUACUUGGUUAUUGUCGAAGAAAAGGUGAACUACUAUUAGUAUAUGACUAUAUGUCAAAUGGAAGUCUUGAUAAGUAUUUACAUUGUGAAGAGGAUAAGCCUACUCUGAAUUGGGCUCAAAGGUUUCAAAUCAUCAAAGGUGUUGCAUCUGGCCUAUUGUAUCUGCAUGAGAGGUGGGAAAAGGUUGUAAUCCACCGGGACAUCAAAGCAAGCAAUGUGCUACUUGAUAGUGAGAUGAAUGGACGUCUAGGUGAUUUUGGUCUUGCAAGAUUGUAUGAUCACGGUACUAACCCUCAGACAACACAUGUAGUUGGUACCAUGGGAUAUAUUGCUCCAGAACUGGCCCGUACCGGUAAGGCAACACCUCUAACAGAUGUGUAUGCAUUUGGAAUUUUCAUUCUUGAGGUAACUUGUGGGCAAAGGCCAAUCAAUAGUCAUGCAGAGGAUAGUUCGCAGAUCCUAAUUGAUUGGGUUGUCAAGCAUUGGCAGGAAGGAUCACUCACAUACACAAUGGACACUAGGUUACAAGGUAGUUACAAUGCAGAUGAGGUAUGCCUAGCAUUAAAUCUAGGAUUGAUGUGUGCACACCCAGUUUGUAAUGCAAGGCCCAGUAUGAGGCAAGUCAUAAAAUACCUCAAUGGGGAGAUGCCACUCCCAGAAAUGAUGCCCACAAACUUAAGUUAUAGCGUUCUGGCCCUGAUGCAAAAUGAAGGCUUUGAUCAGUUUACAUCCAUAGUUGGGAGCAGUAGCAUUACCUCCAGCCUGUCAAGCGGAAGGUGACAAUAGAUCAUAGAUGACAAUCCCAG